AUGGCAAUGGUAGUAAACCAGUGGCCAGAGAACAUUUCUGCAGAUCCGGGCUCUCAGCUCCAGAUUUGCGGACAGGAGCCCGGCGGGGCACCGGGAACCCCCAACGGUUCCACCCCGGGGAACGAUGCGCUUUCCGGGGACAAGAUCCCCAACGUGGACUGCAUGGUGUGCGGGGACAAAUCCAGCGGGAAGCAUUACGGUCAGUUCACCUGCGAGGGAUGCAAAAGCUUCUUCAAACGUUCAGUGAGGAGGAACCUGUCGUACACCUGCAGGGGGAACCGGGACUGUCCCAUCGACCAGCACCACAGGAACCAGUGCCAGUACUGCCGGCUCAAGAAGUGCCUCAAAGUCGGCAUGAGGAGAGAAGGUAAGACCACAGCUAUGCGGUGUGUGUGUGUGUGUGUGUCUGAUGGAUUCAACAUGAGAGACGUCUGUUUACAAACGCGUAAUUCUGUGCGUAAACUUGUGCGUAAUGAUGUUAAAUAUCAAACUUAACAGGCUAUUAAGGCUGGAGCUCAACCGUAAAAGUUUUAACUAGUUCAGACUCUUCUCUACAUUUGCUUGAGUUGAGCUGUUUUACUCGUUUAAAUGUGUUUCUACUCCAAUUUACAAUAAUAAAAGCACAUAAGAGCUGAUUUGUUGCAAGAAAACAUCCAAGAAACUCCACAAUGAUAUACUUCUGUUGGGGGAAAAAGAAGAAUACAAAUCUAAAUCUGUGACUCAUGCACUUUUUCCAUCUCACAUGUCUAAUUAAACUUCCAAGCGUGAGAUGUUGUGCGUAAAAUACGCGUUAUGUCUUCACGCCUGUUGCUCUAAAUGUUUAUUCCACAGCCGCUGUUGUUAUGGGUAAAUAAUCAGUCACCACCUGCGGCUCCACAAUGCUUAUUCCACAUUCAUUUACCAAAUCUAGCGCAUUCACUGCGGUGCGCUGUGUUCUGUGAAAUCCCUCCUUUGUCCCUCUGUUUUAAUUACGCUGUUUGCUCACCGACACCCCGAGCCGCUAUAAGAGGAUGCCGCUACAUUUGUUGUAUUGUGUUGGAUUAACAACGGGUCAGUUAGUGCCAAAGAGGAGCACAGCAAACGUGUUGGUGGAGAGGAGCGCUUCCCUUAUUAAUUAUCAUUCAGCGGCGACGUCCCAUUCAGCAGGGAUGCGAGGGUACAUAUUUUAAAAUGUGAAGCAAAACGGAGCCAAAAGUUCUUUCUGCGAACAUCUGCGUUGGCAGAGAUUCACUUUUGUUUGUUUACGCACGUUGGAUCAACUCCAACCAUCAAUAAAUCGUUUAGAAAACUCCUCAAUUUGGAGCGUUUAUCAGGAUUAAGAGUCGCCUCUGUGGUCAAAAGGACUUGAUAUUGUAGAUUUAUUUGAUUCUGCGUCAUAUAGUGGACAACUUGAUAUUUUUACGCAUUUUUACGCACUGAGGCGUUUGAGAGCAAAGAGUGAAUUUGAUUCACUUCAAAAUCCAUGAGAUGAAUUGGUCACGUCUGGCUGUCUGUAUUUUCCCUCCAAGAGGACAAAACAGGGUCAGCAGCAGCAGCGUCUUAGAGGAUGAGCAAUCUUGCUCAAGGACACUCUGGCAGAGGUUGUUGAAGGACACAGGAGAGUGCGUCUCCACUACACAACGACCCCGCCAACCUUUGUUCUCUGAGGCUGAAUGUAAACACACAGACGCUGGAAAUACCCGUCCUCCUCCUCAGACGUCCUCCUUAAGAGUUCUCGCUUUAGAGCACUGCUUCUCCUAUCUGUGAGAGUGUGUGUUUAUGUGAGUGUAUGUGUGUGCACUGUACACAGUCUUACCUCAUGUAAAAUACCCGCGAGCCACACCACACGGUCGCUUUUCUCUCUGGCUGAAUGAACCCGUGGAAAUCGCCUGACGAGCUGUAGUGUGUUUACUGCAAAAAAUAAACUUACACAGUCACUCUAGUGUGGAGGGAAACUGUAAAAAUAGACAUUUCUUGCAUGUUCAAUCACUGCAGAAGAGAUUCGUCUUCCAUAGUUUCAGAUUGUCAGUGUUUUGAGACUCCUAAUCAAACGCCGAGGGUGAAUGUAAAGUACAGAUUGUUUUCACUCUCACUUCUUUCUUUCAUGCCCUUUUAAAGUUACAGGCUCCACGUGUUCAUAUCUUUCUGUAAAUGUCUCGUUGAAAAAAACAUUUUCUUGCAGUGUUGACCUUCCAGCCUCGAAGGCAGCACAUGCUUCAUGAGCAUGAGCCAAAAAAAUCCCAUGCAAAAGAAUUCGCCUUGCUCUUUAGAUGAGAUAACAUUGUGCUGCUGUGCAAACAGGCUGCAAACUACUUUACACUGCAAUAAAAGUCACCUUAAGAAAUAUCUGAAUUUUUAAACCAGUGUCUGUUCUGCAAAAUUACAGAUUCAGUUUUUGCUUUAAUUCUUUUUUUUUUUUUUUUUUGUGGUGUUGCUUGUUGAGAUAAGAGCAGCAGCUGUUGGCUGACUGAAUGAAAUUCCAGGAAAAUCUUUUGAAAACAGACAGAAUUUUGCAAACUGUUUACAAAGACAAUAUCAAGUUGAUCUUUUCGCCUGUUGACCCCUGGAAAUAGUCCUUUUUUCACAGCUGGCUCAAAGUUGUGUGCAUAAGCUUAAAUUUGGAGCAGGUCACUUUACAUUGGCUGAGCUCAUCUGCCGGUGCAUUUGAGGUCAGCAGGAUUAAACGGUGUCCUUAAAUCCUCUUUGUCGGCUGACUUCUGUUUAUAAACCAUCAUUUGUCUACUUAGGACGAUUUUUGUCAAAACACAUGCACUGGGAAAAAAAAUACACAUCCACUUUUAUCAGAAUUUGAAAGCAGGCGGGUGUAAAGAAAGUCACGCUGUAUCGCCCUGAAUUUAAAAGACGUCACUCAGCUUUACGGUUGUUUUUCCACCGGUUAGAUGAGGCAGAAAUCAAAACAGAGGCAUCCUUAAAUAUUUGUGUAAACAUAAAUAUUCAUGCCUGCAUUUAUCAGACAAACCCCGCAUCAUUAUUUCAUUGUUACAUGUACAGUAGAUUAAACUCGGCUGAAUGCAAAGAUUGAGUUUGUAAAAAUGGAAAGUGGGAUUGACUGUUAAAGCGCUCAUCCCUCCUGGAGGUCCUGCAUUAGUCAUGAUUCCUCUGCAUUAUUCAGUAAGGUUCAGGUGAGGCUGUCAAGAAGAUGCAAUGUUUAUUUUCAAUCCUAAUGAUCCAGGUAAAAUAUGCACAAUCAUCCUUUAAAAUAAAGCAGAAACUUUGGCUGAGUCAUGAGUGGAAAUGCAGCCUGUACUGUAAGAUUCUGUUACAGCAUAGAGAUGAAAAUCUUCACCACUUUAAGAUUGAACUCUGAAGACGGCUCAUUUUGUUUUUAGCAUUUCUCAAUCGAUUCAAAAGUACUUCACGCUCUGGACAGCCUGACCCGUCUUCUUGAACCCCUCUCCAUCCAAAGAGAAACUUUUGUUUUCACUCCGUCGUUUAAUAUCACUAACACUGCUGCGUGACUUUCCUGUUUAGACUGAAUUAAUAUUUAUCUGCCUGAGCAGACGUGCUAAAACUUUCAUGAUCUGACCGCGUCACUUUCAAAAACUUCUUCUGCUUUCAAGUGAGAGUGUCUUCUUUUUUUUCCUUCUUCUUCCUCCUCCCAAAGGGGACGUUUGACCUCUUUCUGCAGACUGCUGCGCACAACAUCAUAUCAUUUGUUGGAGACUUUUAUCCCGAGCACCUUUCAGCGCACCGUGACAGCAAACAUUUCUGUGCCGGCCUCAGUGGGAGACAGACCUUUCUAAAAACCUUGGCAGCGUUGGUGUCAUUGUCUCACCACACGCAGACACGCACACAUACACAACCUCAGCUUGUUUCUCUGACAGAGCUGUGUUUCUGGGGCUGAAUAGGAAGCAGGGAGGCAAAGAGAAUCAGCCUGACAGAUCCUUUGAACUGGAGUGAAUGUUUUAAUUUUGAAGCAGCCCACGAGGACGAGAUACUGACUUCACCGAGGACACAAAAACACGUGAGGAGGUUUACUGCGCUGACACAGGCACGCAAACACAACACCAUCACGCUUGUUUGGCUUUUUGCUCAGGUCAAACACCUGUGCAGGUAAACAAACACCUUAAAGACAGGCACACAGUCCAUGCAGAGCUUUGAAUAUGUACAUAAACACAUUUAGUAGUUUUACAACCUGGAAUUUAAAUAGACUAAUUUGAGCUUUCUAUCAUUUGUCAAAUGACAGAGACAGCUUGUGCACCUGAUGGUAGUUCAGGGGUUUACAACAGAGUACUGUAAAUGUUUAAUAUAUCUCCGUGUGAGAAAAAACUCAGGCUGCCAAACAAUAAAAAUUCAGAGGUCAUAAGUAAUUAACUGCAGAUUCAAAAUUCUUAUUUUGCAUUUGGAAACACUUUUAAGUUCAUAAUAAAUUAUAAAAAUAUGAUUUUAAAAAGUAAUUUCUCUGAAUGUCAAGGAGUUUGUUGUCUAAAUAUUGUCAAGUGAUUUUAGGUUAAUACAACAGCAUUCACACUCUUCAGGAGUUUCAGUUUAGUUGCUCUCUGGUCUUGUGUGAAUCAAACUCUAGUUCCCUCCAGGAAUAAAACAUGACUGGUUUCAACACGCCAACCAGACGCUAACCCCUCAAACCCAAGCCGUCGUCAGAGUUGACUAGCUUGCAGUCAGUAACCACCCACUUUGCAGCUAUGUAGUCAACUUCUGUUUUGUCUGUUUUGGUUCAAAGUUGGUGUCCGAACAGCUUUUGUGUUGCAGUUGCCUGCUGACAUCAGUCCGAUAACCUGCACCUCUAUGUUUAGCUUAGAUGUUGGCGAUAUUUUGGCGAGUUCUUUAAAACAGAUUGUGCCAUCUAAAAGCUCAGUGUUGUCAUUUUCUGUGAUGCAGCAGCAGCUUAACUGUGGUUUGCCAAAAUGAACAAAAAAAUGUGCAAUUAAACACCAACAGUUUAAGACAAAAAGUAAACUUUCUGCACAACUUUGAAAAGAAAAAACAUGAUUAAAGGCACAAACAUUUUAAUCAACCAGUCAGAUUUGCCAAAUUGUGAUGAAAGUUAUUAAAAGAUAGUCUAAAAUAAAGCAGGUCUAGUCUGCUGUGAUCUUCUGAUAUAUUAUUCAAAGAAUAAAUGAUUUAUGAAUAAGCACAUGGGCACAGCUGCAGGGUAAACUCUCGUUAAACCGGCAGAAAACUCAAACUUAACCAGAGUCAGCGGUGUACAGGUGUCUGCUUUAUUAGACGGACUGAGAAAAUGGGAAAGAGAGAGGAGACAGAGAGAGGGGGACUGACCGAUGUACAGCCAGAAAAUCACACAACAAAUGCUUAAUUUGCUGUCUGAUCUUGUGUAUUUCCAUUACAACCACAUAAAAUUCAUGUUACUUUGCAGUUUUAAAAGGGCAGCUUUCAGAAAGUUAAAGCUCCUGUGAGGGACUUAAUGUUCAUGUUGAUUUUGGCGCCCCCUGUGGGCAAAGCAGCACCUCUUAUUUCUUUGAUUUUGCUGUGCAUAUGUUUGAGUCUAAUCCCUCAAGAAUUUUGGUUGUGAGAAGUGAAAACAAAGGACACUGGUGGUUUUGUCGACACCUACCCUGCACCAGCAAUUUCAUACAUUAAGAAACACUAUGGAGAAAUAUUUGCUUUUUUGGUUCAUAUAUAGAGUCAUCAGUAUGAAUUUUAGUCUGUUUUAUAACUGGUUAAAAACUCCUCACAGGAGCUUUAAAGGUGUUAAGGGUGAAUACUAAAGGAAAGCACCGAGUUAAGUCAAGUGUCAGUCCGAACAUCUGCUCACAGCACAGGAAUCUUUAACAUUCAACCCUCAUGCAGCCCCUCCUCCUCCUCCAGCAGCAGAAAAUAUAGGUCAACCAAAACUAAAACAUUAAUAACAAGCAGGCUGGAGUCAAAGUCCAAAUGCGCGAGUGGGCCGGGGGGCCUGUGCAGCAAGUAAAUACCCCACUGAAGGCCAACAGACAGCGUGUAUCGACUAAUCCAUACUCCAGAGUGGGCAAUUUAGCAGCAAAACAUGGCUGCCUGUCCUCCUCUGCCCCUGAAAACCCUCACUUAUCCCAGUAAUUUAGCUAUUGACAAAUUCAAAUACUUAACCCCUGUCACCACCACACUCACAGGCUCGGUCAUUAUCAGAGGCCUCUCAGAGGAAAGUGGCUCUCAUUGAUGCGUCGUUCAGUACAUUAAAGUGAUCCACACAGCGUUGUCUGCACGGUUAACUUUAACGCCACGUAACUGCAUGUGAGCGUUUGCGUAAACGACCUCUUCUAUUCCUGUAGAUCUCAAAGUUUCCGCAUGAAUCUUUAACAUACUGUGAGACUCCGACUGUUUUGCUCGUCACUCAAGCAGCUCAACCUGUUUUUGCGUGUCACUCAGGUCACUUGUAAUAACACACAUGAGAAAAGAGGCAAAUUCUCAGUCAGGAACAUUUAACCUCUCAACGAGGCUCCUCAGUCGCUCUGCCGCACACGCUCGCUCUCUCCCACAGCGCUGUGGGGAAUCUGAGCACAUUUAUAUUUUAGGCAGACAGUUGAUGAUCUUAUCAGUGCUCUCUCUGAGAGGGAGCGGAGCAGCAGUAAUAACAGUCAUAGGAGCAGAAGAGGCCACAGUGGACCCAAACAAGCUCAAACAAACUCUGUCUGUUUGUAUUAACACCUAAAAACUGUGAUUUUCUCGCUGAAGAGCAGGAGGUUUUUGUCAGUUUUGGUGCCUCCUUUAAAUCCAGCCAUGCACUUUUAUCACUUUGCAAAUUUAAGUGUUUUUAAAGCUCCUGUGUGGAGAUUUCAAACAGUUACCAAACACUCUGAAAUUCUCUUUAGUGUCUCUUAAUGAAUUAGAAAAGCAAACAAGAUCACCAGUAACAAAACAGAUCAUUUCUUUAUUUUAUUAUGGAUGCCUCUGUGACAGCUCCUGUGAAGUGAUACAAAGAUUGUUUGGUCAACAGGGGGCGCCACAGUCACCACAAACCUGGGUUCAUCAAAGGAGUGUUUCCAAACAUGUCUCUUCGAGUGAAUCCUUGUUACGGCAGAUCUGACAUUAUCCAGUCAAACACUCGAUCUUGAUUCCAGUUUGUUUCAUAGUGUGCUAAAAAAGUCGCCACAGGAGCUUUAAUGGAAAUUCAUGACAUCUUUUCACCUCUAUUUUUUAUCACAUUAUCAAAGGCGAGUGUCUCUCCGCUCAACCCCCCCUUUUUUUCCAGUCAUGCAGACACACCUGUCUUUCUCAGAAUUUAACACCCAAUACAAACACUCAUAAAAAUACAGAGUAUAAAGGCCUGUAAAGUCAGGGUCUGUGAGUCGAUUUUUGAUUUGUUUUUGGUUCUUAGUUAAGUCUAGUUUAUUUGCACAUUCUACAAAAAAAAGACAAAGGGUAAUAAAAGCUUUAACAUGAUACAGAGAAAGAUUGAAGCACCAAAAAGACAAACCUAAAGUUCCUUACUGGAGCUUUAAAGUAAAGAUACAGUAAACAUAAAGAUACAGGUGGACUGAUCCAAAGAGAUGAUCCUCUGUAUUACACUGUGAACAGACCGAGGGAAGUCGUUUGAGUGUCUCGAAUAAUGUGAAUGAACAAGGAAGACUUAAAAAACACUCAAAAAGAGUGGGCAGGUUUUGGGUUACGUGUGCAUUUUUAUACAUGACUUUAGAGCUAUUCUGAAGAAUUUGAGGCCGGUCAUGACACGGAUAAGAUUUUUUUUUAAUGAUGAUUCUAUAUGGGCGAGAAAGAAAAGCAACCACCUGAUAAUUCCUAAAUUGUCAUUUUUAGUCUUAUAUACUGCUGUUGGGAAGGAAUCAGACAGUAUGAGAUACAGCCCUCUGCAGUUACUCUUCAAAUACUAACAUGUUCUGAUAGGUUUGAGUGGUGAAAGAUUGGAGGAUACAGUGUUUUUCUGUCAGAAAGUAUUACCUACAAAUAUAUACAGGGUUGCUUUUUGUAUGAACACCAAAUUAGUUUCUUUUUGUAAGGAUUGGUAAUGGCAAAGAAUGAAAAUAGGAUUAUAAUUUGAGUAUUAAAUGUUAAAAAUAUGAAUCCACUCUCAUUGUAGUGUGAGCUGGAGAGGCUUUCUUAGACGAAAGAGUCUUCCCAACAAAACUUUAUGCAUGGCUUCAUCUCACAAGGGAAAUGUGGGUGUAUGUGUUUUGGGUGAACUGGCCCUUUGAGUGUUUUUUUUAUUAUUUCAAUGUCAUAAUAUUUGGUAGCUAAAGGCACUUAAACAGUUUGCCAUCCACUUACAUUAAUCAAGCCUCAGCCAUAUUUAACUGUGUGAUCAAAACAAUAAUCGCUGGUUUGAGAUACGACAUGCAUGCACAGCCUGACACAUAAAUGUCUGAACUCAGAGAAAAGACGCACUUUGUCCCGAUGUGCCCCGCUGUGUGGAAAAGAAAAAGCUGGAGUGGGAGGAGGGGCUGUGUAAGUGUAAAUAAGGAUAGCGUGAAUCAGAGUUGCUGAGUGCCGGCUGAAUUUAGUUUACUAAUUAAUGCAGGAACUGCCUCAUCAAAGUCUGAGAGAGAAAGAGAGAGAAAGACAGAGAGAGAGAGAGAGACUGAGGCAACACGGCUUCCACACAGCAGAGCUUGCAAAGUUCCUCACGCAAAGCUCCUCUGCCCUCCAUGUCUCUGUCUCUCUCAGUCUGUGUCACGACUCUCCCGCCCGCUCCUGCACUGCCUCCGGUUCUUCUGCACUCUGGUUCUGUUGUGUCUGUCACGUUGGCUGCAUACCUCUGCUCCUUCAUGUUCGACACACAAGUGGGGCAAAGGGUCUUCUUUUGGUGGUCUAUUUUUAUGAAUGCCUGUGCGGUUGUGGAGAAAACAGCAGGUCAUAGUGUUGUACUGGUUUUUAGCUGAGACUGCUAAUGUUUCUUGAAGUCUCAGGACUUUCAUUUACGUCACAGCUGCACAGUUUCUCUGCGAGGUCACCUUAACAAAGAGCCUUUUUUACAUUUUCGUCUCCCAAACAUUUCUAGACAGUUUAAAGUCUAAUAUGAGAUCAUUAACGCUGCAUCAUGAUAGUGGAGACCUACAUUAUGAGAGCCUUUCUAAAACAAAUCUCCUUCUUCUACUUUGGAUGUUUUUGUUCAUCCUGUUGUGUUCCUAAAUCAUACAAGUCUAGGUUUGCUUUCUCACACUGAUGCACCUCGACUUCAUGCAGAAAUUGUGCUCAGAGGCUUUGAAAGAGGAAGUCUGGACAGAGUCAGGGUGGAUAUCUUGGCCGUGUGAGUUCAAUUGCUGCUCCAGGAGUUUGCAGAUAACUCGCCUCCCGAAGUAGAAUGCUUUCUCAAACAAAACAGAUAUAGAAAAUAGAGAUGUCCUGAUACAAUAUUGAUAUCGGAUAUAAGAUAUCGGUCUGAUAUCAGCCAAAAAACAAAUAUCAGAUGAUAUUGGCCUGUAUCUAAAAUCUCUGAUAUCAGCAGUCCAUUCCAGACUCCGCUCCAGCACUUCUAUCUAGCAGUGCCAGUUCCAGCAUGUAGAACCCACGUGAUCACAACAACAGUGUGUACUAAAGUACUAACUAAGUAGCAAGGAGUAGCAGUGAUGUCGGCUGUGUGGAAGUAUUUUUCGUUAAAAUCCGAAAAAGAUGUUGCAGCUGAGUGAAAAACUUGUCACACACGAGUUUGUACCGACAUCAGAUCCAUAUCUGUAUGGAUGUCAUAUUGGAAAUAAAAGAGAUGUAUCAGGACACCCCUGAUAGAAAACUUUGUCGGUAAUGUCCUCUUCAAAAGUAAAACUCAUUGUGACAUUAAUGCAAAAAUCAACAAUAAAUCAUAAAAGGCUCCAUAAAAGAGCCUGUGAGCGUUACGGAGGGUCAUUUCUGAGUGAAAAUCAUGAGUCAGCACUUUGGCUGUCACCAGGUGUCCACAUGAUAAUACUCCCCUUACUUCUCUCUGUCCAGCAUCGCCCUCUUUGUCCCCCUCUCUCUCUUUAUCUCUCCACUCUCUCCGGCGUGGUUUACACAUUAGCUCCUAUCUGCUCCUAUCUCACUCCCUCCCUGCUGCAGAGCGCUGACCUGCGGGUCAAAGUUCAGGGCCAAAAUAAAACCAGGAGGGCCGCGGGGGCCUCGGUGUCACAUCACACGCUGCCCUCUGAUCUGGAUCACACCCAUGCACACACACACACACAGAUGUUGUAGAGGCACACACACACACACACACACACACACACACUGAAGGGUUUAAAAUUACAUCUCUCUUUAACCUCCAAAUCCUAUUUUUGCAGCUUUGAAAGCAUGUUUUCAGAUAUUUCUGUUUGAUGGCAGCGUUGCAGAAUAUUGUAAUGUCGUAAACCUCUUUAGCACACACUGGGGCGCACAAACAAACCCACACACUCACACACACACUCACACACACAUAUACUCAGGGUUAUGCAGGGUAACAUGUUUAUUUUCUAGAAGCUUUAGAAAUGGAAAAGCUACUUAUUAAACGCAACUGCUGGCCUGAGCCAAAUCUUUAAUGCCUCUGUGUUGCCCCGGCACGGUGACCUUUAAGUCCAAAUGUUGAUAGGCCUUAAUUGUAUUUAGCUGCUGUAAUUCCACUAACAGUCUGACCCAGAGGCUAAUCCAGGGCAGCCAGGCAGCGAACUGUGCACUCCGCCAGCUGCCAUUUGCUGAAGUGGCAUUUUGAAAGUCGCAGCUGAAAUGUCCCAUGGUGCCUUGUGUUUGCGUGCACUUUUCCUCCUCUGCCUCCUUCGCCUGCCCUUACCUACACGCCAUGCUGUUUUGCUCUGGGUUUUAGGGAUUUCUUCCGUCAUCUUUGUAAGUGCUCUCGACUUUGUAUUGGAAUAAUUUUGUUUGCCUGGAUAGAAGAAUAAGUUUGAUUAAGUUUACAAAUAUCUUUUUUCUUCUUAAGUCAAUCACAUUAAACUCAGCUAUGGUGCAAUUAAAAUGCAGGAAUCGGCUUAUGGCAGACGCCCAAAUUGGACUUUAUACCCCACCCCCCCUUUAUUCUCCCUGACCCUGGUUUCCCUUUUCUUUAUCCGCGGGCAUCUGUUUCUCUCUAAUGUCAUUUCUGUCUCUCCCACUCUGUCGCUGCCCUCCUCUGUGUCACGACGCGACAUCUCUCUGUCUCUACAAAUGUCUUUCCUCCUCUUUAUUUAUUCCUUUGGACCUUUCCACUACCACCACAGUCUAUUUUUUUUUUUUGCUCGUCUGGCUCGUCAUCCAGCUGUAGGCGAGGAAAAACAGACAGUGAUGUGUCUGCGUCUGAAGCGCUUGAGUGCCGUGCCUCUCAGCCAUGAGUGACCCUCACAAUGAGGCUUUUGAAAAGUCAAGUGGAUCAAGUAGAUUCGCAGCCAUCCGCAGGAUUAACCACUGAUCAAUAUGAGAGCAGAUUAAUAGCUGUGAAUUCACGACUCAGGCACUUGAGAAGCAGCAGAGUCUCGACAGGCUGCUUUUGCUUAAUUGGACAAUAAAACACGAUUAAAAUAAGAGUCAGCGCGGUUUCAGUGGGACCCUCAAAACAAGAAGCAGCCAUAGUGGCCACUCCUGUAAAGUAGAUUUUAAUUUGUUGGUGGAGGACUCUAAAAACAAAAGCAGGCUGACAUUUUAAGGUUGAGAAAGUGCUCUGUCUUAAAUAUGGACAGUCAGAGAGAAGAACGUCUUCCUGAGGAGAAACAGAAUCUUUCAUAUGUGCCCUAGAAACAACAUAUGCUCACACUCAGGCGACAGAGCUCUCCAGUAGACAGCAAAGCUAUGCCGCACUGUUGUGAGCUUUGCAGGAAGUCAUGUGAUGUUAUCAUGGAGUAACAAGAUUGGCAGAGAGCUGAGGGGAUCCUCCCGUUGACUGUACAGUCGAGACAAAAAGGACAGAGUCUCAGCCUCCCCCCGUUGUGCUAAAGCAAAUCCAGAGCACCCCCAGCAGUAUUGACGUCUCACUGCUGUUACAGGCCAAAGAACUCAUUUCAUUUACAUAUAAAAUGACAAACAUCCCUCAGAUCAGGAAUAAGAGCUGCUUGUGUCAGUCCAACAGGGCUCACAGUUCUGGAAAGUUUCGUGACUGAGCAUACAUUCGUCCAUUUAGUUGUCAGUCACAGAUUAAAACAUCAUUUUCAGCUUAAAAAACAAAAUAAAACCAAAAUACUUUGAAGAGUUAAAACCUUAAAGCUCCUGUCAAGAUUGUUUAGGAUGUUAAUGAAAUAAACUAAAAUACAUUUUGCUGUCUUUAUAUGAUGUACAUAAGCAAACAAGACCAUUAGCAACAAGAUUAACAAUUUUUAUAUUGUGAUUUUUAAUGUCAUAAAUCUGAGUGAGGGGGUAGGUGUCAGCCAAACGCUAAAAAAGUCUGUUUAUGAUUCCUACUUGAAAUACAUACAGUAAACAACACAUUUGAUAUUCAAGCAUCAUCAGGUUGAGAUGACUUGUCAGAGGGCACCACACAAACUAAGUUAAGACUGUUGUGUUCACGGGGGGCGCCAAAAGUUCCUCACAGAAACUUUACUUUUUAACAAAAUUUAGCAUAAAAAGAACUUGAAGGCCUGACAGAGGUUCAACUUAAUUUCUUUUUUUGAUUUUAAAGUAAGACGCAUGUCCCAUCUGUCAACAUGGAGGAGGCACUGGCCUGGCACGCAUGCUCAAGCAUUUUCACUUCUUUUUUUGCAUCAUUGUUUUUGCACAAAUGGAGCCCCAGAGGUGACAUAAACAUUUAUUUAUUUUAAUUUGCAGCUGCAAUUUGUAUCUUGCCCAUGCAGUUUUGUAAAUAAUCCUUCGCGCGCCUCAUUUGUGAGAGAAGAAGUACAGCGUCAUGGACAGAGAACAUAUUAUCAACGUUUUCUUUCAUUUCGGUAUGACUCACAAAGAGAUACUUUAUAGCUUAGCCACAUUUAAUAUUGUUUUAAGUAGGAGAAACCUCAUCAAGAUCCUUAAAGCACAGUGGCUUUGCCAUCGGCAAUAUUCGGAUUUGCAGGAAGUGAUUUUGUUUAUUAACGAACGGUUAAAUCGCACCUGCAGUAUAAUAAAAGGCACGUGUGGGAUACUAAAUUACACAUGUGAAUUUAAAAAAAAAAAAAAGUUAAUGUCACCUCCCGGGCUUAGUACAAGGUUAGCAUAUGAACACAGAUUUUCUUUAAUGCAAAAGGGAGCACUUUCACUUUAAAAUGGGCCCUUUUUAUUUCAACAAGGGUUAAGUUUGCCAACCUCAGCAGAGGCACCAUACAGGCACACACACGACUGUUUCACCCUGUUGGCUCCGAUGCUUCACAAUGCCACCAUCUUCCUCCAUUAGUCCUCUGAUACAACCUUUAAGAGUGGAUCAGAGAGCCACCGUUACAAACCGUAGUGAUAACAGGAGUGUAAAUAUUCAGCUUUCUGUAGGAACCAUUCGUCACCAGAAGAAUAAGGUUAUCUGAUUAAUACAUAAGAAAGAAGAGGAUAAGAUCGCACAGAUUGCUAAUGCCUUUGUAGGCAUUUGGCAGAGAUAUAAAAGCUUUUAUUGUCAGUGUACUACAGUUAAAGGACAAUAAUACAACAAAUCUGUAUUUCCAGAGCCUGAACUCUAACAAACAUUAUCGUCUUUCUGAGCUCAGAGCUGCUCUGUCCGUGCUUGCCUCCAUUGUGAUGAUUAAGAUUGGAGAUCUUAGGUGUGAAUCGUUGGAGUCUUUCUCCAAUCCCCGUUUUAAUUCCUCCUCUGACUGACAGCGACAGCCUCAGAGUGACUGAAGACAUGUUUGACCAGGUAAUCUUUGUGGAAAUCGCUCCAGCGCUCCAGUAUUUCCAAGAAUAUCUCCACCCCGCUGCUCUGAGUCUUGUUUUAUUUUCUCUGGUUUUCAAACCCUGCAGAGAUACACGUGUGCUCAAUCUGACAGCCGUCCUUUCGCAAAGCAAGUCGAGUGCCUCUGGAGUGUGAGAGACGAGGAAUGUCCCAUUGUGCAACGUCGUCUUUGUGUCAUGUAACACCUCCUGGUAGGCCGCGGUGUUUGCCGAAGGAGAGCGCAUUCUUCUCCGGGGAACGCGGGUUGACACAAGUUCACAGAGAAAAUGUAGUAGUUUGAGGUCAACACCUUUUGUGAGGAGGUAUUUUUUCAGCUCAGAGGACGGGCGAGAAUUAAAGGCAUUUUUAUAACGCUCCUGAGUGAUUUGACCUCUCGUUUUUCAGACGUGCCACGCUGCGCCGGAUUGACACAGCUGCUGCGUGUGAGGUGACAGGUGAUGCAGAGUUGAAAAGCAUUUUUCCAAACCCUCCCUCCCUCCCUCCUCCUGUGUCUCUCUCUCUCUCUCACCCCUCCUGCCUCCACCUGUCUCUUUAUGUAAACCUCUGCUCUCUAUCUGCAGCUUCAUCUCGGGCCACAUUCAAACAUAUUGAACUCUGCACCUUCUCUUCCCCUCGCCUUCAAUCUCUCUUCAUUCAACUUAUCACCUCUCACUCUCUCUCCUUCCCCGGCUUAUCUCACCGUUUCACCCUUCUACCUCAUUUUUCCCCGCACACGUGGCCUCUUUGCAUUUUCAUUGCCUCUCUUUCUCUCUCUCUCUCUCCCUCCUCUCUCUCUGUGUAACAGUAGAUGGAGUUAUUAGUCAGACAGUGGGGAUGACUGAACAGGUGUUUUCCAAAUGGGCCUUUGAGCGCUCGCCGCAUCAUCAUCGCUCCACAGGGGGGGUUGGGGGGGGCGGGCAUUUGUAUGUGUGUGUGUGUGUACGAGAGCUUGGCCUCUGCGUGCCCUUUUCGCCUCAGGCUGAGCCAUUUGCCAGCACGGGGAGAGAGGGAGGGGUGAGAUGUAACUGUAUGUAUUCAUGUGUGGUGUGUGCAUAACAUAUGUAGGUGUGAAGAGGUGUUAUAUCUUUACCAGCUGCUGCUUGUCAUUACUCAUUGAUGCACAACAGCAGUGCAGGAUGGCCUUGGCCCGGCCACUUUCCACCCGCUCCCCUGAAAAGAGGAGCGCUGACAUAUUUAAGAGUCAGAGAAAUGUUCCCGUCUCCACACUUUUCGCCCCCUUUGACCCCAUUCUGCAAAGCUCCCCCACCCGAUGCAUUUGACAUGCCCAAUUUCACUCUUUCUUUUCCGUCUGCAUCUCCUCUCCCGGCUUGGUUUUUCUGCUGCAGGCUUUUAGGACUCACUUGUUCCCUUUACACGCUUGCUUUUGGAUGAAGACCAGGUUCAGUUGUUUCCAAAUCCUCCUAAAUCCUAAAAGUACCACAACAGCCUGACAGUGGUGUUUACCUCUUAAAAGUAUCAGCUGGACUGAGAUUAAGAAACACGCAAAGACAACAAAAAAGGAAACAGUGGAAAUAUGUUGUAUAAUCCCAGAUUAGAAGAUGUGAUUUUUUUUACUCUUAUUUAUAUUUUGUCUUUUUCUUUUUCAGCUGUACAACGAGGACGUACAUCAAACUCUCAGAGCAGCCCGGGACAGUAUCUGACCAACGGCACAGAUCCAUACAACGGCCAGCCCUACCUGUCCGGCUUCAUCUCUCUGUUGCUGCGUGCAGAGCCCUACCCCACUUCCCGCUAUGGGGCCCAGUGCAUGCAGGGAAAUAACCUGAUGGGCAUCGAGAACAUCUGCGAGCUGGCGGCGAGGCUGCUGUUCAGCGCUGUGGAGUGGGCGAAGAACAUCCCCUUCUUUCCCGAUCUGCAGCUCAUGGAUCAGGUGAGUUAGACUCUCUGAUUAUGACUGAUUAAGAUUUACACUUGAAUAUCAGAAAGUUUGACAGCUGGAGAUAUAUACGUACUGCUUUGUAACUGGGAGUUCACCAAGCAGGACAACUGUCUAUUUUCUGCAGAAAUGUAGAUGAUCAAGAAGCAACAGCAUCUUAAAGCUCCUGUGGGGAACUCUUGUUUUAUGUCAGUUUUAGCGCCCCCUGUGGACAAAGCAAUCCCUACUUAUUGUGUCUUCUACAUGAUUGAGUAGAAUCAUCUGGAAAAAAAACUCAUCUUGCUGACUUUUGAGAGUUAAAUGCAUCAUUAACUGAAAGUAUAAUAUGUGGACGUUGUGAAAUUGUAGUAAUCUCAUUGCUCAUGGUCUUGUUUAUUUUUGAAUACCAUAAAAGGCAUCAUUAGGAAUUUUAGUUUUUUUUAUUAAGGUCAAAAAACUCUUCACAGGAGCUUUAAUGCAGCCCAACGACUGAAAAUAAGAAAAAAACAAAGACAAAGUUAAAGUGACAUCAACUUCUGAUUUGUGAAUAUCUACCUGUUAACCUGAAAAGGCCAAAAGCAGAGUUGUAGAGGGUCUUAAGUCUUCUACAGUGUGCACACCUGUCAGUCAAGUCAACUACCCCUAAUUAUGCCAGACUAACAACCUUGAUAUCAAUGAAACAAAUAAGGUAUAAAACAGUCUGCUCCCUGUUUACUGUGUAAGAAUAAAGAAAUAGACCAACCAGACCAAAACUGCUUUUGUACCAGGCUGUAAACAUGUAUUCUGCUGUCAAUAUUUCAACAUUAGUGUCAAUGGAGGCUCCUGAGCUUUGGAGCCGACCCCAAGUGGCCAUUUAAGGAACUGCAGUUUAUAGAGCACAUAUAGACCGGCUUCAUUUCUAAACAGUGGAGGUUGCCACUUAGGAAAACAAAACUAGAAUACAGGUAGCAAAUCUUGUCUAACUGAUUAUUGUGUACAUGCAGGACUGUUUUUCAGCGGGGAAGUUAUUCCUCCUCUUGAUAACUUAAACUUAAAUUUGAAGCAUGUUUGAAAGAUUACAGAAAUAUUUUAUAUCAUAGAAACACAUUCUGAUCAAAACCAAGAGCGCCAAACUCUAACCUCUUAAUGCAUGAUUGAUAAACAGCUCUGCUCUGACGUCUUAGCCUCUGCUUGCCCCUAAAACACGAGACUCGAGCCUUUAAAUAAUCAAGACCGUCACACUUUUAUCUCUUUUAACUUUUGUCUUUUCCCUCUUUGUUGAUCGUCACCUACUUUGCAGCCACACAAACAGAAGAAAUCGCUUGUGUUAUUUUUCAGUGAAGGCACAAACAGGGACCCACUCAUGACAUUUAAUAUGAAUAGACUUGACAUCAAUCCUGCACGUGUAGAUUUAUACCAGCUGUAAAGUCUUGGCACAGAGUGACAGCCUGACCUAUAAAUAUUCACAUGCACCUUGGGUAGACAUAGUGAUCACAAAUGUGUCAUGCUAUAGUUGCACCAUAUCAUUAAUAUAUCAUUAAGGUCAUGUCAACAUGUAGACUUGAUCUGUCCUGUGAGUAUCCAGGGGGCCUCACAUUGCUCUGUUCGUGUUUAACUUUCUUUAUGGACAGUUCUGGUGUGUUAUAUGAAUCUUUUUAACCCGCUGUCAAAAGGCAUCAUGUUAACACAAGCUUGGAGCAGAGCCUUGGAAUUACCCACAUGUAAAUCUAACAGCAGAAAUAUGAUUUAAAGCUCCAGUGAGGAGCGUUUAACUGGCAAUAAAACAGACUGAAACUAAUACCGGUGCCUCUUUAUGACCAACAAAUGCAAAAGCAGCAUGAGCAGAAUGAUUGAUUUAUUUAGUGAAAAGUAUAAGGAAAAGAAAUAAAUGGAGGACACGGAUUAAACUUCAGCAAAAUGGAAAAAGGCUCUGAUUCGUCCACAUGGGGCGCCAAAAUCAAAGCAACCCAAAAGUUUGUCACAGAGGCUUCAAAUAAUGAACGCGUCAUUAUGAAUUAUAGACCUAUAUUCCAAAAAAUAAGAUACACAAUUAGUUUUUUUGCACAUCAUCAGCAUUUAUAACUCGAUUUCUACACAUAACCUACAGUACAUCCUCUCUAAACAGCAGUACAGUUUGACUCCUGGUAGUCCCAAAUAUGAGGAAAGAAAAUAAACCAAGCCUGCAUUUAUUGCUUUUUACUUUGUGUAUUUUGUUAGAAGCACAACUCCUGUAAAAUAUUUGGGGCUUUUAGGCUUUUUUUGAGGAAGAUAGGACAGAGUGAAUAGUGUAGGAAACUAGGAAGAGGAAGACUUCUAGACUCCCAAACCAAAGCCCUUCUACGCAAAACACAUGGUUUAAUGGCUGGAUUUAACUCAGCCUCAUGUCUUCUGUUUGAGAAACAGUAUGUGUUCUUCUAGAGAUGCACCAAUCCAUUUUUUUCCAAUCCAAUCCGAUACUGUUACCUGGGCUGAGUGUAUCGGCCGAUAUCCGAUCCAACACUGCUGUUGAAUGAAUGAACUGUUGCCUAGUUUAAAAAAGGGUAACAAAUUAGCAUAGAUAUAAUUUACUUAAUAUUAUUAACAAAUAACAAAUAACAAAUUGCACAUUAGCACAGAGCAAAAAGAAGGAAGACUUUCAUGUAAACAUUUAGUGCAAAAGGACAGACAGACAUUGACUAUAGAGCGAACAGAAUCUCUGUGUUUCUGUGUACCGUAUUAAUUAAAAGAUAAAAAAGACUGGAUUGGAACGCUGGAUCGGCGUCAUUCAUCAGAUAUCUGAUCCAGUAAAUUUGUCAAUAUCGGAGCCGAUAUCCAAUCCAAAUAUUGGAUCAGCGCUUCCUAUGUACCUCUCAAAUAUUCAUCACAUUAAAACUAUAUCUUAAACAGAUAAGUUUGAAGAGGUUUAGUGUUUUGAAUCAGUCCCCUCUCUGUGCAUCUGUCACCUCUGUUUAAACCUCAAAGAGACAUGUGGUGAUAAUUUCCCGUGCUGAUUUACUUGUGUUCUAGGUGGCGCUGUUGCGCAUGUCAUGGAGCGAACUCUUCGUCUUGAACGCCGCCCAGUGCUCCAUGCCUCUCCACGUGGCCCCUCUGUUGGCAGCAGCAGGCCUGCACGCGUCCCCGAUGUCCGCAGAGCGGGUGGUGGCCUUCAUGGACCACAUCCGGGUCUUCCAGGAGCAGGUGGAGAAACUGAAAGCGCUGCAGGUGGACACGGCUGAGUACUCCUGCCUCAAGUCCAUCGUGCUCUUCACUUCUGGUGAGUUUAAAUGAAGCACAAAUAACGCACAGAGAGCUGAAGUCUCUGAAAUGUCAGCGGGGUCCUGUUAUUGUAACAGAACACACUGGAUGGAGUAAAAAUCUCAAGAAGGAUUAAAAGUUCAUGACCCACAAAUGUUAAAUCCAUUGCAUAAUUUCUCCUUGUUUUUCUACAAGCCUAUUCACUCCUCCAUUUGUAUUGUUUUAACACAAGCCAGCGAACUAUUUAAGAGCUCAAACUAUUUGUAGAACAUUUCCCUGUUGAGUCACAGUGGCCUCACUUUUAAAACAUUUGUGUUUCUUACAGAUUGACACAUUUAUAGACCGAAGCACAACACACUUAAUUUCACAUAAUUACAAUACGCUCAUACAAGAAAGAGUCCUACAAUAACAACGGUCAAUUCCUCACUUAUUAGGAAAACUGAAGAAGCUAUAAAAAGAGAAUUAUCAGGUUUAAAACACAAUAAAUGCGGCCUGUAUUGAUAACAAAUAAGACUUGAACAGCAAAGUAAACUCUUCAAGGUCAAUCCCUCCCCAAAGACCAAUUAUCAGUGACCUUCUGAGAUUAAAUCAGGGAGUCUGUGUUUAGAAGAAAAAAACACAUUUUUAAGACACAAAUUUUCACUUCUUCUUUCGCUGCAUCUUUCCUCUUUAAUCGGAGCUCAGACUUGUCGGUAUCAUGAGUGGAAUCUCAUGUCAACAUAAACAUAACCUCUCUCCUGUGAGUAACUUAACCGCUGCUCAGGUAGAAAAGAAAAGAGGAAUUAGCCUGCAGCUGAUCUUGCUUCCGUUGGCACAGGGAACAUUCAGGUAAUUGGUUUAUUUGUGUGUACAGGAAGACUUAAUCGCAGGGUAUCAAAGCACAUGUAAACAGAUUAACAUUAGUUAGAGAGAUAGUCAUCAGGAGGGUUAUCCUGCUGCUACUCAUAGCCAAGGUGAACACAGACGCACAUGUAAUACAAAAACAUCUCAAACUUUCCAUUAAAAAGUAAACAGUACCUUUAGAUUUGUUGCUUUUCCAUUUAUUAAACAUCAUCGGCUCAAACAGGGAUCAUUGUUGGAAGCUCGGAUGCAAAUUUAGAAUACAGGAAAUCCAUAAUGCCUAAUCAAAUCAGAUACAAAUAUCAAUAACAGACAUGGUGGACAUGCAGAACUGUCUUAACGACAGGAAUAAUCAUAGGUCAUCUCACAGCAGGCAUUUCUAUUUGAGAUUAAAAGCCAAAAUACUCUUUCAGUCAUGUUUAACUUUGUCUAUCUCAGGCAGAUAUUGAAUAAAUGAUAAAUACUUGACAUUAGUUAACGACAUAUCACAGCUAAUCAAUAAAUAGGCAGCUGAAAAAAAACUUCUGAUUGAGGGAAACUGGUCAACCCCGACAUGAACAAUACAGCUAACACUAAAAAACAUUUAAUAUGUUUUUAUUGUACACAUUCCUCCUGUAUUGUGUAAUAAUACUACAAAAUAGCAUUAUCUUUUAGCCACUCAAAUCUUACUUCCAAACUAUGAUUGGCUUUUUUGCUCAGACAGAGGCGGGACCAAACACUUACGAUAGAAAUAUAGAAAUGAUCAAAAUUCAAACUUAGGGUAUUAUUUGUUUUUGCAGGCCACAAAGACACAUCAGCGUUAAUUUCAGUCUGUUUCUUUACAGGCUAAAAACUCCUAACAGGAGCUUUAAAAUAUACAGUUUAUAUAUACAGGAUUGUUACAUCUGUCUAACCCUGAGAUAUUAGCAGCGAAAGUAUAUUGGUUUGUAGAGACAGAAAUGGUAAAUUAAUGUCUUUACUCCAUAUUUAACUUCAUUUUCAGUUUAACACAAAAACAAAACCAGUAUUUGUACUCAUCAGUGCCUGAGUAAUCUAAAUAAGCCCACUGAUACGAAGCCAAGAGGUCGAACAAGUAACCAAUAAAAGCUGCAAAUUCCUUUUCAUGACUGAUUUAACCACAGACAGAGUUUCUCAGAGGGUCUUAACGCCAUGAGACAUUUUUCCCUCUCCUUCCUGGGAAUCCAGUUUGAUCUCAAAGACAAAUGAAGCAGACUUCAACUGUACUUAACCCACAACCUUUUCACCUCCGCCCAGCCUGACCGAGACGUGACCUGGAACGUCGCUGCAGAUAUUGUCUCGCUGCCUCAAUAUGUAAAUGCUGGAGCUGCGGUCGGUCAGAGUCUGUGUCCUCUGAGAAUUUCAUUGGGUUUGAAGAUACUAUUUUUCAAGAGGAAUUUGAAAGUUUAUUUUAUUAAACCUUUAUUUUUCAUCUUUUCAAUCUGUUUUUAAAAGACAGUAUGCCUCAACCUCUCUGACAUUUAUUGCCUUAUUGUUAUAGUAUCGUGGUCAUUUCUCAACCCUGUCCUUUUACUUCAGUUAAUAUCUUCGAAUGGACUUAAAGACGAAGAAAAUGCCUUCGCUCUUUCAUCCUUUCCUAUUUUUUGACCGCCAGUAUCUAAAUCUCUUGAGCCUCUGCCCUCACCUUGUUCAACAGCGCUCCUCUCACUGACUGCAGACACAACAAUUCCAAAUAUGACUGUUUUACAUCCUGGAAAACCCAUGAGAGGCUUUGUUUUGAUACUGCUUUCAUACAGACCCCGUUGAGGUUUAUCCCAGCAGUCACUGGACUCCAGUGCCAGCCAAAAUACUGUCACUUGUGGGAUACUUCACUUGGAGAUCAUGCUUUGUGACCCUGGGGGAAACGGAUUGUGAAGAAGCCAACACUGAGAUGUCCCUUGUCCUUGUUUUUUAUCGCAUUCCCCUCUUUUCUCCCUCGCACGGCUUGUCAGAUUCACUCGACGUGCACCUAGCGCCGCUCCUCCUUGAAUGUAUGUGGCUGUGGAUCCACCUCUCCCCUCUCUCCCUGGCUUUCAUCAGCCAUCUCUCCUUCAUGAUCCCAUCUAUUAUUGAAACCAGUCAUCCACCCCUCCUCCUCCUCCUCGCUCCCCAAACUCAACCUCGAGCCUUGCCCGGGCCCGGGACCCCUGCCCCCACCGCGGGAGUUGAAUUAUGUAUGGUGGGGUUCCAGUGAGAUGCAGGAUUCGCUACAGCCUCGGCCAUGACCUACAUAACCCCUGUAGCCUUGAGCAUCCCAUGUGACUUGCCUGUAUGCGGGCAGAUGUACCCACAUGUACAGGCGCAAAAUCUGCACGUCUCACCAGCAGAAGACAAUACAGUUAGUGAAACGUGCAGAUAUUAAAAACUUGAAUGUAAUGAAGGAGGACAUGCACACACGCACACACUGCAUAGAUUAAUAAACCUGACUCCUGCAGACCUGGUAGGAUGAGCUAACAAGCUCGGACAAUCACCAAUCGUCCCCAGCCUCCCUCUGAGUCCCCUCCCUCCUCUCCCCUUGUGAAGCCCAGUCCCAUCACGCUGCAUCAGAGGACGGGCAUCACAGCCCUGCCACCCUGAUCCCUCACCCCAACUGACCCGGUGUGUGCCCAGGGAUCAGACAAAAGAACACGGCGCUUGGCGUGGAAGGGCGCCCACAGAGCUGUCGCUUCGGCACGCGAAGUGGUUUCAGUCACAUAGACAGCUUCACUAAUCCCAAACAGGCACUGACUGCCUUGUCACGCAGGACCCAAAAUGGCGGCCCCGACAAAAAAGCAGUCCAUCUGCCCCCUGAGUGGAGGGAAGUGCAGCUGAAGCCGGAGCAAUUAUUCACUUAGAAUGAUGAGAACAGUGGCGGCCCGGGCUGGGGAGGGGUUGACACACUCGAUUAAAAAUAUGAGGUGAAUUAAUUUUUGGUGGUGCAGGACUGAGGCUCAGCAGGACAGGGUUUACACAGGGGACAGAUCAGAGUGGGAGAUGACAAAGGAGACCUACAAGGCAAGGUGACAGGUUAAAACCUACCGGCCUGCGCUUUUACCCUGAAAGAGCGUGCUGCAGGAGAAAUUGCCCUCAUCAAAACCUUUCUUCUAAAUGAGGGUUCACACAGGGGGCAGAGUGUGAGAGCCCUCCCCGUGAAUGUACAGUGCGCGGCACAGUACGGUAAAGUGUUUCUUUGUUUUGAGUUCACACAUCUCUGACCUCCUUUGCUAAAUCCCCCGUGCUCUCCCCUGCACACUGAGGGUGUGAAAAGUACCGCGCGCCCUGUUACACGCUCUCUCGGCUGUGCGAGACUCUUGCCAAGGUGUGUGGAGGGGUGGGGGUGGGGAGGAGGGGUGGCAGCAGGAUGAAGCCAAAGACAGAGCAGACCUCCAGCUGCUGGGAAAGGGAACGCCGUUGUGUGCUGUGAACACAGACCAUGGGGUGGAGCAGAUAUGCAGCUCAGCAGUGACAACCACGAAUCUCUUAAAUCAGGCGACGUUUCUGCUCAGAUUAAGGAAAACAUCUGAAAGCAUCCUAAAGUUUGGGCUGAGGGUUCACAACAGUUUGGAUUCUUUGGGUCAUGAUCCAAUACCAAUGACAAAAAUACCCAGAUAUUCAUUACAGUUCCUGCUGGUAUCUCUGUUGUCAAAGUGACCUUCCUUUGUCUCAUAUGUCAGUGACUUCUGUCAUGUUUCUUCAUGCUGGUUUAACGUGGUGUGGUUCCACUGCACCAUCUUCACAAAGCCCUCACUCUAGACGACACUGAAGGGAUGUAGGUCUUUACAGAAAGAGAUCACUGCAGGUUCAGUUAUUUGUUGGUGAUGUUCAGGUUCAGCUUUAUCCACAGGUUGUUAAAGCUUGAUGUAGUGUCAGCUCAGAUGGGUGUGUAGGUUUGCCGUAUUGUUGACUUCCUCUGUUCUAGUUUCACGCCUAUGUCUAAAAUGCAGCCAAUCACAUAAAAAUGUGUUGAGCUGCCUACUUUGAGUCUAUAAAAUAUACUUUAGUUUUAAUUUAGAUAUAUGCUCAGGCUGAGUCUCGUUAUUCCAAAAAACUCACCAUAUUUACCAGAUAACCAAAAACAAAAAGGGAAAUAUAAUCUAUUACCUCAGAUGUCCUGCAAAGCUUAAUAAGAAAGUAAAAUCAUCAGAUUUUUUCUUGGCUCUUUAACAUGAACUCUCUAACUCUAACUUGUUGGAUUAAGAGGUCACAGGAGUUGGCAUCCUUUCCUGAUCACUUUUUCACAUCUAUGCUGUAUGUCAACGACUGUAAACUAGUCCAGGCUUUCUAAUAUCUGACAUGGCUGUUGUUAAGAAUGUUGAAGUUUAAAGAUACCUCAUAUCAAAACUUCAUUUUUUUAAAAUUUCUUAAUCUUCCUCAUACUUCUUGCUCUGACAUUUCUCAUUUAACAUUUUUAAAGAUAUAGUUGGUUGGGCAGCUUUCAUAGACUUGUGUAAAAAAAAAAAAAAUCUCCUCUUAGGGUCGUGAAGAGGAACUCGACUGUGAGCUAAUUCAGGCUAAUUCAAGCUGCACUAAUUUCGCAUUUGCUGUGCGUCAUUCUCACAAUCACCUGACAAACUUAUCCUUUCAAUUAGGCGCUCUGUCUAAGCUGCAGGAUUUCCGGUCUCUGCUCCUCCUUUGCUAAUGCCGCUGCUACCCUGCACCAGAGCUGUGCUCAAACUUUCAGCCCCACCACCACAACGGCAUCCACCUGCAGGCUCUGACUAUAGGGGGUUUAAGUUAUUGGCUCAUCACCACUCAACUGCAUGUACAGACGCACAAACACAGAGUUAUCCUACUGCAGUCAAGUUUUAACCAAUACAACAACUGAAAUAGUUUUUAAGUUACAACUGUUUUCAAUCACAUUUGAGGAAUUAAUCGGACUCACUCUUUUGACUAAAUCUGACUCAGUACCAUGGACGUUAAAGCAGUUCUGCACAAUAACCAUUUUAAAGUUGACCUGCAGAUGAUAAAGCUGCUCAAAUUCCUCUUUGACGAGUCUGACAAAGUGAAAUUCCUGAUAGAUGUUUAUCUUUGUGCUGCACCGAGCAAUCAUCUGUCAUACUUCUGUCCUCUGCAGCUUCAUCAAGGAGCUGAAUAGGCCAAGGUGCUGUCAUUUUAACCUUACACAGCAACAAUUUAAACAUUAGAAUCUAUUUAUUUUAGUUUAUUUAACAGAGACAUAUAUAAUAUGCGUACACAGACUAAAAACGGCUAUUAAAUGCAAGUAUCACAGUGUUUAUAGCAGGUGCUAAUAAUCUCUCAACUGCGUAUGAAAUUAGACUGAAAGUUGUACCAAUGCUUUUCUAUGAUAAACAAAAGUAAACAAAACUGUCAGCAACAAAAAUGACUAUUUUUUAAUCAUAACUUUUAAUGCCUGAAAAUUGUGCAGGAGUGCAAGCCCGAAACAGCCUGAUCUUAGGUUUUCCAUAUAAAGUGUUCACAAUUAAUAAUAGAUUUGAGUGUCAAAAGUCAGAGUGAUGAGAUUUAAUGCCGUAGGACACAACUUAAGCAUGUAUAGGAUGAGAAAUAAAAACUGCUUUGUCAACUGGGAGUGCCAAAAUUAAUAUGUCAAAAGUUCCUCACAGGAGCUUUAAUUAAUCAGUUCUAUCAUAAAAAACUACGUUUGAACUUUAUGUAGCAUACAUGCAUAAAACUGAAGCUCUGGAUGUUCUAUGGGACUAAAAGAGGGCAGAAACACAAGAAUGUCAGAGUUCACCUGUUUCAAAUUAAUGCAUUUAUCAUGAGGUGAAAAUGUGCUUGAUAAAAACAAAAAUUUCAAAAGAGAAAUCAGGACUCAAGACCAGGUCAAAUUUAAGAAUGAUGCAGAAGAGGCAAUAAAUACUUCAAAAAAUUGUUCAAAAUGCAGGAAAAGACAUAUUUUGUGCUAAAAAAAAGUUGUUGACUGGUCAAAAUUCUCUUCAAAACAACAUGAAAAAACAUGAUAAAACCCAGAUUGUGACCCUUCCAUUAAAAAAACAUGUUUUUUCUGCUGUUUGCUAACAUCUGUUGGAACAUUAUCUGCGAGAAAAAGCAAGUUUACCAAUGUUAACAUGGCUGACAAAGCUACGGGAUAAUGAGGAUACACCUUUAAACUCUGUAUGUCCUUCUUGUCUUUAGAUGCCAUGGGGCUGUCAGACGUUGCCCAUGUGGAGAGCAUCCAGGAGAAGUCCCAGUGUGCCCUGGAGGAGUACGUCAGGAACCAGUACCCCAGCCAGCCAAACCGCUUUGGGCGCCUCCUCCUCCGCUUGCCCUCCCUUCGUAUCGUCUCCUCCCCGGUCAUCGAGCAGCUGUUUUUCGUCCGCCUGGUUGGCAAGACACCUAUCGAGACACUGCUUCGUGACAUGCUUCUCUCGGGUUCAAGCUACAACUGGCCCUACAUGCCGGCGGUGCAGCGCGAGAGGCCGAUUUCCCUCCACUACAACGAGAACGGGCCCUGA